CGCGAGAUGACAGGAUUUUCCCGCGAAGGAGAAGCGCGCUUUUUUUCCUGGCGGGGGUUUGGCGAGAAGGCUGGGCCGGCAGCGGCUGUGAGGAGUUAGCUCGCGGCGUUGCAGGCUCUGAGUGUAGGGGACCCGGUUCCCGGGUGAGUGUCCAGGCAUGCCAGCGGAACGGCCCGCGGGCAGCGGCGGCUCGGAGGCUCCAGCAAUGGUUGAACAACUGGACACUGCCGUGAUUACCCCGGCCAUGCUAGAAGAGGAAGAACAGCUUGAAGCUGCUGGACUAGAGAGAGAGCGGAAGAUGCUGGAAAAGGCUCGCAUGUCUUGGGAUAGAGAGUCGACAGAAAUUCGGUACCGUAGACUUCAACAUUUGCUUGAAAAAAGCAAUAUCUACUCCAAAUUUUUAUUGACGAAAAUGGAACAGCAACAGUUAGAGGAACAGAAGAAGAAAGAAAAAUUGGAGAGAAAAAAGGAGUCUUUAAAAGUUAAAAAGGGUAAAAAUUCAAUUGAUGCAAGUGAAGAGAAGCCAGUUAUGAGGAAAAAAAGAGGAAGAGAAGAUGAAUCAUACAAUAUUUCAGAGGUCAUGUCAAAAGAGGAAAUUUUGUCUGUGGCUAAAAAAAAUAAAAAGAAUGAGGAUGAAAACUCUUCCUCUACUAAUCUCUGUGUGGAAGAUCUUCAGAAAAAUAAAGAUUCAAAUAGUAUAAUUAAAGAUAGAUUGUCUGAAACGGUUAGGCAGAAUACUAAAUUCUUUUUUGACCCAGUCCGGAAGUGUAAUGGUCAGCCAGUACCUUUUCAACAACCAAAGCACUUCACGGGAGGAGUGAUGCGAUGGUACCAAGUAGAAGGCAUGGAAUGGCUUAGGAUGCUUUGGGAAAAUGGAAUUAAUGGCAUUUUAGCAGAUGAAAUGGGAUUGGGUAAGACAGUUCAGUGCAUUGCUACUAUUGCAUUGAUGAUUCAGAGAGGAGUACCAGGACCUUUUCUUGUCUGUGGCCCUUUGUCUACACUUCCUAACUGGAUGGCUGAAUUCAAAAGAUUUACACCAGAUAUCCCUACAAUGUUAUAUCAUGGAACCCAGGAGGAACGUCAAAAAUUGGUAAGAAAUAUUUACAAACGGAAAGGGACUUUGCAGAUUCAUCCUGUGGUAAUCACGUCAUUUGAAAUAGCCAUGAGAGACCGAAAUGCGUUACAGCAUUGCUAUUGGAAAUACUUAAUAGUCGAUGAAGGACACAGGAUUAAGAAUAUGAAGUGCCGUCUAAUCAGGGAGUUAAAACGAUUCAAUGCUGAUAACAAACUUCUUUUGACUGGUACUCCCUUGCAAAACAAUUUAUCAGAACUUUGGUCACUGCUAAACUUUUUGUUGCCAGAUGUAUUUGAUGACUUGAAAAGCUUUGAGUCUUGGUUUGACAUCACUAGUCUUUCUGAAACUGCUGAAGAUAUUAUUGCUAAAGAAAGAGAACAGAAUGUAUUGCAUAUGCUGCACCAGGAAAGAAUUCCUAGAAUGUAUGUGUCAGAGUUUACAGAUGAGGGCUUCUUUGAAGGCAAAUUGCCCUCCAGAAAAGAUUUAUAUGAUAUACGUCCAUAUGAAAAUAGUUGUUUACUCAAGCUUCAUACCAAUUUUGAGAUUUUAACACCUUUCUUAUUGAGAAGACUGAAGUCUGAUGUUGCUCUUGAAGUUCCUCCUAAACGAGAAGUAGUCGUUUAUGCUCCACUUUCAAAGAAGCAGGAGAUCUUUUAUACAGCCAUUGUGAACCGUACAAUUGCAAACAUGUUUGGAUCCAGUGAGAAAGAAACAAUUGAGUUAAGUCCUACUGGUCGACCAAAACGACGAACUAGAAAAUCAAUAAAUUACAGCAAAAUAGAUGAUUUCCCUAAUGAAUUGGAAAAAUUGAUCAGUCAAAUACAGCCAGAGGUGGACCGAGAAAGAACUGUUGUGGAAGUGAAUAUCCCUGUAGAAUCUGAAGUUAAUCUGAAGCUGCAGAAUAUAAUGAUGCUACUUCGUAAAUGUUGUAAUCAUCCGUAUUUGAUUGAGUAUCCUAUAGACCCUGUUACACAAGAGUUUAAGAUCGAUGAAGAAUUGGUAACAAAUUCUGGGAAAUUCUUGAUUUUGGAUCGAAUGCUGCCAGAACUAAAAAAAAGAGGUCACAAGGUGCUGCUUUUUUCACAAAUGACAAGCAUGUUGGACAUUUUGAUGGAUUACUGCCAUCUCAGAGAUUUCAACUUCAGCAGGCUUGAUGGGUCCAUGUCUUACUCAGAGAGAGAAAAAAAUAUGCACAGCUUCAACACAGAUCCAGAAGUGUUUAUCUUCUUAGUGAGUACACGAGCUGGUGGCCUGGGCAUUAAUCUGACUGCAGCAGAUACAGUUAUCAUUUAUGAUAGUGAUUGGAACCCCCAGUCGGAUCUUCAGGCCCAGGAUAGAUGUCAUAGAAUUGGUCAGACAAAGCCAGUUGUUGUUUAUCGCCUUGUUACAGCAAAUACUAUUGAUCAGAAAAUUGUGGAAAGAGCAGCUGCUAAAAGGAAACUGGAAAAGUUGAUCAUCCAUAAAAAUCAUUUCAAAGGUGGUCAGUCUGGAUUAAAUCUGUCUAAGAAUUUCUUAGAUCCUAAGGAAUUAAUGGAAUUAUUAAAAUCUAGAGAUUAUGAAAGGGAAAUAAAAGGAUCAAGAGAGAAGGUCAUUAGUGAUAAAGAUCUAGAGUUGUUGUUAGAUCGAAGUGAUCUUAUUGAUCAAAUGAAUGCUUCAGGACCAAUUAAAGAGAAGAUGGGGAUAUUCAAGAUAUUAGAAAAUUCUGAAGAUUCCAGUCCUGAAUGUUUGUUUUAAACUGGAGCUCAAGAAUAGCUUUUAAAAGUUCUUGUUUACGUCUAGUGAUUUCCCUGUAUUGGGUUUGAAAUACUGAUUGUCCACUUCACCUUUUUUAUUAUGUCAGUUGACAUGUAACUAGUACCAUGCGUACUUAAAUAGAUGGUAAUUUUCUGAGCCUUACCAAGAACAAAGAAGUAUCCAUAUUAAGUUUAGAUUUUCAGUUAAUUUUUGAGACUGAGUAGUAUUCUUGGAUACAGGCUGAUGUGUACUUAACCACUUCCAGAUUUAUACAGUCUUCCUGUGGAAGUUUAGUAAAUGUCUUUUUCCCUCCUUUCUUCUAGUAAUGCAGUUCAUGGGCUUUAGGUACUUCAGUUAUGAAGUAGGCUUUUCAUGGGGAGAGAUUGGGAUUAUGCUCUCUGUUGUUUAAGAAAUUGUUUGAUUUUAGAGUCUAUUUCUAUGAGAUAGUUUACCAAAUAAAUAUUCCUUAUAAGAUGAUCUCAUAAAAUUAUUUCUUCAGGAAUAGCUUAGGUGCAAUAAUAGCAAAAGACUUGGCUGUUGGUAGGAUUUGGUUAUUUUGUUUUCUCGGUUUCAUUCACUAGUACUAUAGGAGUGUGUCAUAUAGAGAUCUCAGGUGGACAUUGUGUUAGCACAAGAGAAGUUUCUAAAUGAAACUUUAGGGUCUUGAGAAAUGACUAGAAAUUGAAAUGGUAGUGUAUCAUGCAAAACAAGACAGACCCUGAAAAUUUAUAGUAGUGGGUUAACUAGAACCAAAUAUAAGAGAAUAGGCCUUAGGAAUAUGUAAGUAAUGCAAAAUCUGUAAUAGAACAGCAUAAAGGCCAAAAGGGGCACAAUUUAGACCCUGUGUGAAAGGAUAUCAGACAAUGAGGAAGAGAAAUCCUGAAUUUACCCUGGAGAGGGGACGUACUCCAUAAGCCAUACAUUUCUGUGUUAGUGUUUAUUUCAUGGAAAAAUACUGCUGUUGCCAUGUAUGUUCAAAUGCAGAUCAGAUGAUCUGUUUAGGAUAAUGGAACCGUCACUUAAGAAAAACUUAAUUUUUUUUUCCUGUGUCCUGUUGGCACAGGUCUUUUCUUUUUUUUUUUUGAGACGGAGUCUUGCUCUGUCACCCAGGCUGGAGUGCAGUGGCGCGAUCUCAGCUCACUGCAAGCUCCGCCUCCCGGGUUCCCACCAUUCUCCUGCCUCAGCCUCUCCGAGUAGCUGGGACUACAGGCGCCCGCCACCAAGCCCGGCUAAUUUUUUGUAUUUUUAGUAGAGACGGGGUUUCACCGUGGUCUCGAUCUCCUGACCUUGUGAUCCGCCCGCCUCGGCCUCCCAAAGUGCUGGGAUUACAGGCGUGAGCCACCGCGCCCGGCCAGGUCUUUUCUUUUAAAUUUUUAUUUUAAUCGUUUUGGGGUACAGGUGGGUUUUGGUUACAUGGAUAAGUUCUUUGGUGGUGAAGAAAAACUUCAGAUAGAACAUUUGGUUAAAUAAAAGACUAUAGAGCAGGUUUAUUUGUUUUUUAAGUCAAAAUGUUAACCCAUCACAUAAGCAUGCUGACCUAGGCUUGCUUGAAACUCGUGAUCUUGUCCUUAGUGACCCAGUCUUUCCUGUUACAUUGUCCUAAAUGACUGGUUUCAUAGUUUUACUCUGUCAUUGCACGUCUCAUAUCUCCUCCCUCUCAUUUUGCUCCCUAUUGCCCUGAGAAAAUAGAUGCAAUCAGAAAAGAAUCUUUAAAAGUUGUCACCAUUGCAUCUGUAAACCUAGCAUCUGUGCCCAUCUGUCCCCAUCUGUCCUUUAUUAUAUACUGUGGAUAUAUUAUUUGUCCUAGCUUGAGCCAAUUGCAAUGUCUCAUUUCUUUUAUAGCAAAACUCCUUGAAAAAGAGUUCUAUUAUAGCAAAACUCCUUGUCUGUAUUCAUUGUUUUUAGUUGUUUUUUUCUGAACCAAUUCCAAUCAGAUAUUCAUUUCCAUUGGAGCUGGUUUUUUUUUAAGGUCUCGUGACGUCAGUGACCUCAUUUUACUUGAUCUAUUAGCAGCAUUUCAUACAGUUGUUGACUCUUCUCCAUUAAACUUUAUUUGGCUUCUAGCAAACAUAUUUGCCUGCUUUUGCUUCCUAUUUCUCUGACUCUUUUCUCAGUUUCCUUUGCUGUUUCCUUUUCUAUCCUCUAAACAUUAGAAUAUCCUAAGCCUAGUUUGGGAUUCCCUUGAUGGUCUUUGUUUCUUUAAUAGGAACUGUGCUGAUGACUCAAAUUUAUAUCUCCAGCCAGAACCUUUCUCCUAAAUUCCAGAUUCACAUAUCCGACUGUUUACUAGGUGCUUAAUAACUAUAUCUGUACUUUUCAUCUUGUUUAAUCCAAAUUUGCUUCUUUUGCAUUUUCCUUAGUUCAAUAAAUGACAAGUUUAUUCUUCCAGUUGUUUAAACCACAAAUCUUUCUUCUCUUCUUUCCCUCAUAUUUCAUGUCUGAUUCUAAAGGAAAUCUUGUUGUCUGUACUUUUUCUUUCUUUCUUUCUUUUUUUCUUUUUUUUGAGUCUCGUGCUGUUGCCCAGGCUGGAGUGCAGUGGUGCAAUCUCAGCUGACUGCAAUCUCUGCGUCCCAGGUUCAAGCGAUUCUCCUACCUCAGCCUCCUGAGCAGCUGGGGUUACAGGCUCAUGCCACCAUGCCUGGCUAAUUUUUAUAUUUUUAGUAGAGACUGGGUUUCACCAUGUUGGUAAGGCUGGUCUCCGACUCCUGACCUCGUGAUCUGCCCGCCUGGGCCUCCCAAAGUGCUGGGAUUACAGGUGUGAGCCACCACAUCUGGCUUUUUUUUUUUUUGUAAUAAACAGUUUCACUUCGUCACCCGGGCUGAAGUACAGUGGCGUGAUCUUGGCUCACUGCAACAUGUGCCCCCCCGGGUUUAAGUGAUUCUCAUUCCUCGGCCUCCGGAGUAGCUGGGACUAGAGGUGUGUGCCACCACGCCUGGCUAGUUUUCUUAUUUUUGGUAGAAACGUGGUUUCACCAUGUUGGCCAGGCUGGUCUCCAACUCCUCACCUCAAGUGAUCAUCUGCCUUGGACUAAGUGCUGGCAUUACAGGCCUGAGCCACUGUGCCCAGCCUACUUUAUAAAAGUCGUCAUGUCUCCGCGCGCCCCCCCCCGCCGCCGCACCCCGCAUAGUCUGUUUCAUUUGAUUUUACCCUUAGUUUAGUGCUUUAUUUUGAUGUUUCUUCAAAUGCUUUGGGAUCAUUUACUGUUCCUCAUAUUUAAGAGCAAAUGCUUAAAAAUUCUUAGAAAUACCUUCUUGAAAAGCCUGCAUUCCUACCACCUCUCACCACUUCAACAUGAAAUAAUGAUCCCUUACAUCUUUUUAGUGUAGUUACAUAAUUUUUGAUUGGCUCAAUAGUUACUUUUAUUAUGGCUGUGUAAGUAUUAUUAAAGCUUUAGAUAAGCCAUGGAAUAUGCUGUGAUUUUAUUUUCUUUCUUGUACAGCUUUUUUUUCUCCCUGAAGUUAAUACUUAACUGUUUUUUUACCUACCAGUAAUUUAUAUCUAAUCUCUCUGGAAGUAUAAGCCUCUCAGUAUAUUAAAACAGAUAUCAUGAUUCAGUAAUAAACCUCCCCCUCCAAAUAUAUCCCAUCACCUCUACUCCCUGGAACAUUCUUCUACAUUCUUCUAGUUUGGACUGUAGAACUGAUUCCAUCUGGAACAUUCCUUUACCAUCCUCCUGGGUAUUCCUGUUGGCUGUUUCAUGUUUUGGAACUACUGUUUACUGUGUCUUGUGUCUCCCUUUUUUUUUUUUUUUCUCCUUUAAGACAAUUUCACUCUUAUUGCCCAGGCUGGAGUGCAAUGGCUCAAUCUCGGCUCACUGCAAACUCUGCCUCCCGGGUUCAAGCUAUUCUCCUGCCUCAGCCUCCUGAGUAGCUAGAAUUACAAGCACCCAUCACCAUGCCCAGCUAAUUUUUGUAUUUUUAGUAGGGACAGGGUUUUUCACCAUGUUGGCCAGGCUGUUCUCGAACUCCUGACCUCAGGUGAUCCACCCUCCUCGGCCUCCCAAAGUGUUGGUAUUACAGGUGUGAGCCACUGCACCUGGCUGGAUCUCACUUUUUUUCCUCCUUGGUUUACUCCCUCAUUUUGAUGGAUUAUGUUGCCUUGUGUUUUCCUGAGAAAAGGAUUCAAGGGAAAUGAAUUUUUUGAGAACUCGCAUAUCUGGCUGUAUUUUUGUUGGAUUCUUUGAUGGAUAGUUCUAGUUUGGGAUUUUAGAGUAGGGAUUAUUAUCUUGUCAGAAUUUCGAAAGUUGUGUUGUCUCAGAACUUCCAGUGUUGUGGGAGAGAAAAUUAAUGAUACUUUUUUUUUUUUCUUUUUACGACAGGGUCUCAUUCUGUCACCCAGGCAUGAAUACAGCUCGCUGCAGCCUUGACCUCCCGGGCUCAAGUGAUCCUCCUGCCUCAGCCACCAAUUUAGUUUAGACCACAGCCAUGCACCAAAUGCCCUGCUAAAUUGUUAAUUUUUUGUGGAGACAAGGUCUCACCAUGUUGCCCAGGCUGGUCCUGAACUCCUGGGCUCCAGCAAUUCCCCCCGGCUUGGCCUCCCAAAGGGCUGGGAUUACAGGUGUGAGCUCCUGCACCUGGCCCGAAUACCACUUUGAUUUCCAGUCUGUUGAAGGUGGAGUGAACCUGCCUUUUGUUAAUGUGAGCUUCCAGUGUUUCUUUGUCUUUUGUAUUCUAAAUUAGUAACACAAUGAUGUGUCUUGGUAUGGGUCUUUUUUUUUUUUUUUUUUUUUUUUCAUUUUUUUAAAGAGACUCCCGCUAUGUUGCACAGACUUGAUUUGAAUUCCUUGUUUCAAGUUAUCUUCCCCCUCUGUCACUCAAGUAAUGUGGACUACACUCAUGUGACACCAUGCCCAUCUUUAUGUUGUGUAUCUUAUUUUUGUUUUUUACUUUUGAAUCAGCUCAGUCUGAAAAUCUGUCUUUUAAUUCACGGGAAUUUUUUAGAAUGAUUUCUUGGAGGGUUUUGUCUUUUGAAUGUGUGGUCCCUUCUCUGCCUAGAACUUUUUUUUUUCUUUUUUUUUUUUAAUGAGACAUGGUCUUGCUGUUGUCCGGAUUGGAGAGCAGUGGUGCAGUCAUAGCUCACUACAUUCUUGAAUUUCUGGGCUCAAGCCAUCUUCCCAUCUCAGCUUUCAGAAUAUCUGUGGCUACUGGCAUGUGACACUAUGCCCAGAUAAUUAAAAAAAAUUUCUUGAGACAGGGUCUUGCUAUGUUGCCCAGGCUCUUCCUGAAUUCCUGUCCUCAGAGGAUCCUCCUAUGUUUGCUUCCCAAAGCAUUGGUAUUAUAUGUAUGAGCCACCACCACUAGCACUUCUGCCUAGAACUUGUAACAAAAUUUCUUUCCCCCAUCUGAAUAGUCUGUUUCAUUAAAUGGUUCUUCCCUUUUUAAA